AUGUCAUCGCAAAGAAGUCCCGAGGACUGGGUGGCCGAGAUGGAGAGAUUCCUUCCGCCGCACUUGAGUCGGCCAGAUGAUCUUGCAUCUCCAACAAUCAUCCCACCAGAAGUGAAUGUUGAGGAUGUGCUUCGAACUCUUGUCGUGGCUCGGGAUCAGAACGGUGUGGACAUUCUGGGCUUCAUGGUGCUCAGUCAACGCCGACAUAAAGCCGUUGUUCACCUCGUCGAAAUCUUGCUGAAGGACGUAGCCCUAGCAGCUAAUGAGCCUUUCAAAGAUGAACUGCCAUCCAAUAUAGAUUGGCCGGCUGGCUCGUUUGAAAAGCUGGAUGGUGCUCCCAUUGAGCUAGAGCGUACGUUGCACGUUAGCCGACGACCGCUGGGUACUUCUCAGCAGUCAGUUGAGUGCUCUUUCUCAGAGAAGAGCCAGGAGAUUACGAUGGAGUUCACCUGGUCUCUUCUGGCCGACCUUGUCUUGGCCUCUACCAAGCGACCCUCAGACGAAGGAAAACAGAUCAUGGACACUGUGCAUCAGAUUUUGGCACUCAUUCACAAGCUGGGGCUCGUUCCAGCGACGAUCUACACUUACAGCCUCCCACAGGGCACGACGACAAUGCAACAAUCGCCCAUCCUUCAUCUCCUGCACUCGAGAAUUCUGUCGACGCUGUCAGAUGCUGUCUGGCUUUCCCAUCGGGUCGAGGUUACGGCACGUGCUGGUAAAUCGGAAAGCAGUCAGUGGAAUAUCUUUCGAGAGCCACCACCUGGCCCCUUGCGGUCAAGGAAGCGAGAGCUUGGACCAGAGGUGUGGCUGGAGUUCAUCCUCUGGUGCUGCGUUGAGGCUGGAUUGGCGGCGACGGGAGCUCGAAUCAUCCAGUCAUUGCAGACAGAUACAAGGGCUCCUUGGCAAGCCAUUCACUGGCCUGAUAAUCAAGUGCCUUCAACAGACUGGGACCAACAGAUCCAUAGAGGAAAACUGCAGCGUGAAGCGGGAGACUAUUACGGGGAACAACUUGAAGGCGACACUCCCCGAAAAUUCAUCAGCACUGAAGUUGUUCUGGCCGUUGCUGACUGCCUGAUAAACACCCUCGAUGGGUCUCUUACAAACGACAAAGCGUCUGUCAUGAAAAUCCAAGACGAUAUCAAAGACCUGAUAUCUUUUGCGGGUCCGCAUGGUCUUGCGCCUGCGUAUUUCGACUAUGUGGCUGUUCGUCUUCUUCAGACGGAAAAUUUAUAUGACAUACACAAAGUCGAUUCUCUCCGAAAGUUGGCGUCUACUAUCUCAGCGCUUCGAGACCUGCAUAAUGUGGACCAGAACCAUCGGCAGAGCCCUGCGCUUGACUUCGAGUCCAUUCUGGACCGCUCCGAGCUGCAUGCCGGGAUCCUCCAUCAAGCUCUGCAGGCCUGCGUUGAAGCGAAUCUCGUCCGAAAGGCUGUCGACACCUUCACAGAAAUCCAGAAGAUGGUUGACGGCAACAAGCUUGAGGCCAUUGGAGAAUUUUUGUCACUUUCACUAAGUCCAGGCGAUGGCUUCUUUACUUCCAGACAUGGCAAAGGUCGCAGCGAAUUCCUCAACACCUAUGGGCAGCUUCCUACCCACAAAUUACCUCCAUUCCUUGAUCUGGUGACGAAUGCGAAGCUGUUUGGCUUGGGAGACUGGCUCCUCUUCUCAGAAGACGUUGACGGGGCUCUCUUGCCUGCUUCCACCUGGGGAAAGCCGUCUGUUAUGGCCGCUAUAGUCCGCUAUGCGUCGGCCAAGAACGACCCUCUUCUGGUCAGACAUGUCUACAAUAUCAGCAGACGAUCGGACAGAAAAUUGACCGUGAGCGUCUUGAGAGCUUUGGUGGUGUAUCAUAUUAAUGCAUGCGACUGGACAAAUGCCGUUCUCAACCUUCGAGAUCUACGACGUGCUGAAGGUGGCGGCUAUAGCCCCAAGAUUGUCGCCAGUCUCGCAGCUAAGAUUCUAAACUUGGAAGUCGAUCCGGUGGCCAUGCAACAAGAAGAUGCUGAGUCCGAUCUUUCCCAGGCUCUCAUGCUGCUUUGUAAUAUUCUCGAUGGCACUUACGACUCCCCGCCAGCGAGCUUCAGGAUCGACCAAAAGAAAACCUUUCGACAACAAGUAGGAUACCUCUUACGCCUUCUGGAAAAUGUGACAGACAGCGAACUUACAGACACUGCCACUCGGUUCAAAUCAAGAUUUCCUGUUAGCAACGAACCAAACCUUCUCACAGAUACGUUCAACGUUGUAUUUGGUGCAAUCGUCGAGACCAAAGGUGUACUGGAAGGGCGCAAUAUGUGGCACUUAUUCUGCAAAGAUCCCAGGGACUAUGCGACUUCAUCCCUUGUGGUCGAUGGCCAAGACUUUGCAUAUGAGGACCACGCCAGAAACAACGAUUAUGAUGAAUACUUCGAUGAGAGCCUGAGUGAUGCGCCGAACGAUUUGAUCCACGUCGGCGAACAUGUCGAAGACAAUUCUAGCUCAAUGAUGAGAACGGUCGAGCCGCUCUCGAUCUCCAAUGCCACACACCAUGCAGGAAUUCAAGUUGCUGUUGUUUCUCCCGCCUCGCUCAACAUCAAUGCCGCAUUACCAAGCAAUGAGUCAGGUUGGGAGAGCAACCAAUAUUCCAGCGAGUCAGGCACAGGGAGCGGAGACACCGACAUUCCUAUCGAGAUGUCGGAUACGGGCGUGGAUCCAACGCAGCUCAAUCCAAUUGUCGUGCCCAACAUGCGCACCUUGCAAAUCCUUGUCAGAGGAGCUUUGUCUGAGAUACAAGCCAGAAAAGAACGCAAAAGAGGUCAUACGGACCUCGAUGCAGUCCUCAGAUGGGCCGAGCAGUUCUACGGAGCGUUUAACCUGGCGCGUGAGGAUAUCGAAACAGAAUUCCGGCUUUCCGAAGUCGUGCCGAGGAAAUUGAAAAUUGCUACGAAGCAUCGCCGAGCAGCACACAGAACAACACGUGAGAAGUACAAACUCGGUGUUGGCAAGCACUUUACCAAGGGAGCCUUUGUAUCUAGACGUCCUGGGUCUCAACGACCGGCUCAGGCACCAGCCUUGAGAGAGGCGUCCAACAGUGUGACAAAACCUGCGGUGGACGAAAUGGAGAAGGGCGAGACUCAAGAUGAAGGCACACAGCUUGAGCCGGCGCCAUUGCCGAACUUCAAGGUGCGGAAGUUCGCGACCUCCGUUCAACAUGCUUAG